CUCAGAUCUGUACCACGACUGCAAUCUGCCACCUAACUGGCUUUGGCUCACGCGUUAGGGACAUGCAAGAGGGGGUCUAGAACGCCUCUCGAGCCAGGAUCAUCCUUCUCGCGGGCUUCGUCUGUGCUUAGCGGAUGCUUCAAGCCUAGCCUUCAGUCUUGCCUCACAGCGAUCAAUCGACGAUUAACUUCGGGUCGAGGGAGAGGCGGGACCCUGAGAGCACCCCUUCGAGGCGCAGGCGCUUCUGCACUAGCGGCCCGGGAUGGGAAUGCUCGAUUACGCAUCUGGCCCUGUCUUCCGCCGCCCGUGUCGUCACACGCCGCUGAUAGAGUCUGGUGCAUGCUCGCAGCGGGUCGCUAUAUAUCCCUAAAAGAGCGGUUAAUGACGAUAGCUCGUGGUAGGUAAACCUUGUAUGGAUCGUACGAGAUGCGCUGCGAAGAUCCAUCAUCAUUUCCUCUCCAGCGCCCUUCGCGGCGCAGACGGGCCUGGGAUUCUGGGUUGGAUUAAUUGCGGAUGCGUAUAUAGAUGGGGCACGAGACGGGUGAUAAGACCUGCUCGAACCGAGGGACGAGCCAGCACAGCACAGCACAACACGCGCACUCUCCUUCUGUCUCUCCAUGCCGCCCUCACAUGUAGCGUCGCUUUCCUUGCGCUCCCGAGACUCCGCAAACGAAUGACAGCGCUUUUCUUAGCUCACCACCCGUGGCCUGGCGCUCAAUCACAUCCCGGCUGUAGUCGUCAUCGUGCUCGCGUCCGUGCUCGCCUCGAUCGUGGCGGUUCUGUUUGUGUACAUCAUCAUCAAGAUCUGCUGUCGGACCCGCCCGUCGGCCGAGAGCAGGGAGCAGGCGCAGCAGAGGGAGCCCGACGGGGAAGCCGUGGUGUCGAUCCUCAACAAGGAGGGUGGCGGGGGGAACCCGUCAUCCUUCGACCUGAAAAGGGAAGACUCGACGUCUACCAACCUGCACACGCGAACCAAUCCUCCUCCUGCACCCGAGCGCCCCGUCUCCCCCUCGCGACGCCGGGGCGGGUACCACGUCCCUUUGCUGAACCCGUCCUUCCUCUUCCCGGCGCGGGCCUCGAACUCCGGCUCGGUCUUCCGGGAAGAGGGCAUCUGGCCUCCGCCGCGCCAGGAAAGCCUAUUCGUCGAUCCGCUCUCGCAUCCGCUCCCCGAGGAGUUCACGCAGCUCGUGUCGACCAUCAUGGGCGCGGUCGACACGGACAACCUGCGGCUCCGCAUGGACUCGACGUUCUCCGGAUCCUCCUCGACGGCCACCGUCACGUCCGGCCCGCACGCGCCGGCCACACCCUCGCCGAGCGUCGCAGCGGUGGCAGCGCCGGCGGGUGUUACGCGCACGCCGUCGCGGCGCAGUAGCUCGCUGUCCCGCGGUGCGCGCACCCACGCGCCGCGGCGGCUGCGCCUGUCCGCGUCGACGCCGAGCCUGCUCGUGUCGGAGGAGACGGACCCGCACUGGCCGCCGACGCCGGGGCCCAGCGUGUCGGAUCCGCCGCCGCCGGCCGUCGUCGUCGGGAUCGUCUCGCCGGCGUGGCCCGUGCGGCCGCCGACGCCGGGGCCGAGCCCGCUGAAAGGCGCGCUGGCGGUGGCGGGGCCCAAGCGGCCGGCGACGAGCGACGGGAGCAAAGCUGUGGCGAACUGGCUGGAACGCACGCCGAAGCGGCCGGGGACGUCGCCCGGGCUGAGUAGCUCAUUCUGAAGUGUUGUUGUCC